ACUUACGAAAUAUGGGUAAGUAGUUGCCGAACGUACUAGUAAUAUUUCUUUACAAGUUUUACAUCUUUUACCAUUACGACAUAGACGGGACCUAAUUUGAUUCGAACAACAAAAGCAAACAUGCCACACGGAAGAUCAGCGUAAACUGGACAAUCUCCAAGACCGACAAACUUAUAUCUACCGUCGAUUAAAUCAAAUUUACCAACAGUCGCUGUGUUAUGAGCUGCAAACAUAAGUUUGUAAGGAGGCUGUUACUCAAUCUGUAUUGUGACGGUAUGUAUUGAAGUGAUCCGUGGUCAACUGGCUGCUUCCGUUGAAUCAGCUGUUUACUCAGGAAUACUUGGUACGACUACAAUAAACAAUACAUUUAAAAUGCAUUACUUAAUAAUAUAAUAAUAAUUAUUCUCAAAGAAACCUAACUGUUAGUUCAAUUUAGACGCCGUAUGGAAUAAAAACAAGAUGUUUGUGUGAAGUAAUGGUUCAAUGAAAUGUACUUGUGAAGUGAAAAUAGGUUUUAACCUUGUUAAGAAUAAGAAGGUAAAAUAUGAAAGCGAUAUGCUUAUUAGCGAAGUACUACUAAAUCCAUAACAGAUAUACCAAUUUGACAUAAGUUGAUCGGAGAAGUUUUUGAUAGAAAGUAAAUCUUGACAUUCUGUCACCGACAUGCCUGUUUGUGUAUCGUAAUUUUUGUAACUCCGAAUUUAUGUAGUGAUGAUUAUGGAAAUCAAAUAAAAAUGAAAAAAAAUGCAAUGAUCGUCAAAUUACAAUGAGUGAAGCCAAAGCACCAGUGAAGCAAAAUGAGUUGGAAUCCUUUCGGAAAUCGCAGAAGAAAUCCUUGUUAUUCAGCUCCAAUGACCUGUCACGUAUGGCCGAGCAGAGCUCCAGAGCCAGGCUGAUGAAGCAGGUUGUCGGAACAGAUGAUUUGCUUCACGAAACAUUUGAAAAACCCUUCUACUCCAAAAAUGCUGAAACAGAGAAUGAAGUAACAGAGUGUAAAGAGUAUGUCACAGGGAUCACCGUGUAUCCGAGUCGAGUGGGCCUGCGAUGGAAUCCUUGCGUGGAAGUUAGCUCUGGAGAAGAUAUUCCGAUACAUCUAGAACCACAAAAAUCAAAAAACCACUGCAAUUGUGCAAAUUGCACGUCAAAACACUGUCCUUCGAAACAUUCAUUUGGGUUUAGCAGAACUGGCUUUCGAGAUAAUAUAAUGAAGUUUAGCGACAAGACAACCAUGACUCCGAAGUUGAACCACGCUAGUUGCAACGCGCGUACACCUUCAGUGUCUCCAAAGCCAUCCUCCGCCUCAGUAUCAGGAUCGCAGUCCUCGUACAACACUGCCUGCUACUAUCCACCGCCCCCACCUACAAUGACACCACAUCCAUCUUUUAAAAAGCCAAAGGGAGUUUUGAGAGUUCCUUGCUACGAUCCCGAACCAUAUUAUGAUGAAGUUGAAAAAGAUACAGAUGUGUAUGAAAAUUGCACUUAUGUUAAGAAAUUAAAUAGACAUUGUAUCUCCAAUUAUCCUAAUUUGAAGUUGGAAUCAAUUAAAGGCAAAAGAAACCUCUACAACGAAGGGAUAAGCGACAAAGUAGCGGAGCAGUACCCCGUGACGCCCCCCCAAUGCCCCCACAGAGUGAUGUUCGGGGCCAAGUCAUUCUGCGGCAACAUGUGCCCCAACUGCUGCUGCAUGCCGCCUACUACGAAGGGUUCCAGGCCCGUAUAUUACGAUUUAGAACCAGAGGAGAUGCAGAAUUUUGUGGCGAUCCCACGCGUGGUGCUUGACCGCUACGUCGCGCCGAUCGGACGGGCGCACAGAGCCCCGUCCAUCAUCCUGCCCAAGAAGAUGCUGACCUCAGAGCGAGACAUAGAGAUGUUUGUAAUGGAACAGAAGGCCAAGCGAAAGCAUAAGAAAGGGAGGUGAUUUGGACACAUAUUGAUUGAUGGACAGCUACGUUAUUUAUUGUGAGAUAAUCAUGAAUCAGGCUAUGAAGUUUUGGACUUUUCAUACAUUAAAUAAAAAGCAGGAAAAGUUUAUUUUAUUUAAUA